UACCCCGCACUCCGUUAGCACCCUCUUAGCCCAAAAAGCUCAGCGGUGGUUGACGGACUCUCGCAUACUGAAAUACGAAACCAUUCUGAUGGUCGGGGAUGAUUUAAGCUUUGAAAAGAACAAUAGUUGUAACCCGGCACAGUUCUUAUACGGGGAAUCAACAGGGGAGGAAACCGAGCAUAACUGCGUGGAGCUAACAGACCUUCAGACAAAAAGUAGGGAAGAUCUACAAGAAGUUCCCCUAAUUGAAGGCGAGGAACUAUAUAUCGACGGCUCCUCCAGAUGCAUCAAUGGGGUACGACACAGUGGAUAUGCUAUUAUAGACGGGAGGACUAGGGAGACGGUGGAGUCCGGCCGGCUCCCAGGUAAUUGGUCAGCCCAGUCUUGUGAACUAUAUGCCUUGCAGAGGGGACUGCAACUGUUAAGAAACAAAAUAGGCACUAUAUACACCGAUUCUAAGUAUGCCUAUGGAGUGGUACACACCUUCGGAAAGAUUUGGAAAGAACGGGGGUUGAUAACAGCCAGGGGAAGGGAAUUAGCUCACGAACAAAUGAUAAGCAUGACUCUGGAAGCUCUAACACUACCACAAGAAAUUGCAGUGGUUCACGUUCCAGGACAUCAACGAGGAACAGCCCCGGAAGCAAUAGGAAACCGGCUCGCAGAUGAAGAAGCCAAGCGGGCAGCAAUGGAAAAAACGGUCCGACUUCUAACCCUGAUACCAAUAAGGGAAGGGCUUAACAAACUACCAGUAUUCACCCAAGUAGAAAUAGACGCUAUGAGCCAGCUGGGAGCCCGACAAACAUCAGAAGGCGAGUGGAAGACCCCCGACGGACGGCAAGUACUGAAUAAGGAAGUAACUCGUCAUAUACUGCAACAACUACACCAACAAAGCCAUUGGGGAGUGCAAGCUAUGUGCGACACUAUCCUAAGGGACUAUGUUUGUAAAGGGAUAUUCACACUAGCUCAACAGGAGGUGUGGGGCUGUUACACCUGCCAAAAGGUAAACAAGAAAAUGAUGCGUGCCACCCAUAAAGGGGGACAAACACUAGCCGUCCGACCGUUCCAUCGGAUCCAAAUAGACUUUACGGAACUACCACAAGUUCAGAGAUGGAAGUACCUGUUAGUAAUUGUGGAUCACUUCACUAGGUGGGUGGAAGCAUUCCCAACCACUAAAGCGGACGCCCCUACAGUGGCACGGAUCCUAUUAGAAAAUAUAGUCCCGAGAUAUGGAAUAAUGGGGUCUAUUGAUUCAGAUAGGGGAACACACUUUGCCUCAAAAACACACCAGCUAAUCUGUGACGCCUUGGGAAUCCAGUGGAAGCUGCACACCCCCUGGCACCCUCAGAGCUCAGGAAGAGUUGAGAGGAUGAACAGUACUUUGAAGACGCAAUUGACAAAACUAAUGAUGGAAACCAAGCUACCCUGGACCAAGUGUCUACCCCUGGCCCUACUAAGAAUCCGCACGGCUCCUCGAAAAGAUAUAGGAGUAUCCCCUUAUGAAAUGUUGUUUGGCCUUCCAUAUUGGAACAAGGUGGAGGGCUAUCCUUCCCUGCAAGGGGGAGAUGUCUUUGUAAGGGACUAUUUACAGGCACUGUCUCGUUCUUUUGCAGAAUUGCGCAGGAAGGGGUUACUCGCACAAACCCCACCUCUGGACUUCGCACUCCACCGAACUCAGCCCGGUGACUGGGUCCUGAUUAAGACUUGGAAGCCAGAGAAGUUACAGCCGCAGUGGGAAGGCCCAUUCCAGGUGCUACUGACCACCGAAGCCGCAGUAAGGACAAAAGAAAAAGGGUGGACCCACGCCGCGAGAAUCAAGGGACCCGUAAAGCCCGAAGAAGGUGCAGAAUGGACUUGCGUCCAGGGAGAAGACCCGAUGGUGCUAAAGCUCAAAAGACGGACAGAAUGAACUUUGGGACUGUAAUGUAUAUACUGCUAUUGUUGAGAAGCGCUGAAGGGGGAUGUGAUAAGUGCAGGACGACGGUAAGGGUGGGCAUGACGGUUUUUCCAGGGUCCUUUGUAUCACACUCGCAUGUAAACGAGAAAUGUUAUGACUACAACAAAAAGGAGGAGUAUGUGGAAAGUUUAAUCUAACCAACUGCUGCUUAAAGAUAGAUGACAACAGAAAGGUGGUUCAAAAAAUAUCAGAUAAAAUAAGGAAACUGGCCCACGUGCCAGUACAGACCUGGAAGCUGCUGGGGUAUUGGGACUGGCUGGACGGAUGGUUGAAAGGAGGCUGGUGGCGAACCGCUUUAGGGGUUAUAGGAGGGGGAUUGAUGGUCCUCCUUCUGCUACCAUGUCUGAUCCCCUGCUUGCGGGAGCUAGUAGCUCGGGUGGCAAGACAAGUCAUGCAACCAGGGGCCCCAGCUGAUCCUGUUCAGGUACUCCUACAAAGGGAAAUAGAGCUAGAGGAAGAAGCCUAUGUGAACCCGUGGCAAAAGCCCAACUGAUAGCACAUUCUAAAAAGAAAAAGGGUGGAUUGAGAGAAAUGAUUCUUAAGGAAUCCAUUUAGAAUGUGCUGACACAGAAAGAACGUGCAAAGCAACUUGCAGGGCAAAGUAUAAACCAAUUUGCAAAAUCAGGAUGAAACAAUAGCUUGCUGAUUAAAGAAGCGAUACGGGUAACGGGAAGACAUGCUUAACGGUUGAACAAUAACGGUGUUAAUGCGCUGAGGCUGAUAAGUGGGCCAAAGGGUAGUCACAUUUGUAAUUUUAUAAUGAGAUUAAGGAAGAAUGUCUGCACCUCACAUGGGUGCAACUCACAAAAUCGUAAACAAAUAGGGUAUAAAAAACUGUGCAAAGUGUAAUUCGGCACUCAAUCUAGCAGGAGCUGGUUGGGUCCGACUCUGCAGACUCGAAAAAUAAAGUUUACCGUUCUGCAAAUUGCUGAGACUCAGUGUGUUUCUGACUUCUGACAACUUUUGCAAGUAUUUACAAUGUAAUUGUAAUAUCAAGAAGGAAACAAAUGCUGUACAAAUCUUGUGUUGUUUUAUCAAGUUUUCACCAUACGUCAAUGUGGAAGAGUGAACGGUAAACAGUUAAUCUUACUGUGAUCCUGUCGUUAUUGACAAAGGUUUAACUCAGUGUUUAGCUCGGCGUUCUGUUACACCCGAGCGAGAACACUACAGAGCUUCUUCUGUGUGCCACUUCAUCCAAACUAUCCAAGGCCAAACCAGAGUAUCAGGCAGUGUUACAGCUUUCCAUUAAAGUCACACCAAUUUUUCAUAUGUGUUGUGACCUGUCAACAAGCAAAUCUGCACCAGUAUCAGAAUCAUUCUCAGUCAAUGACCAUUUAUGAUAUCAAAGAUCUUACAAUCACUGUUGUACAUUUAGCCUGCUAAUGUUCAAGACUGAUUUGUGUCCAUUCCUCAAUCAUACUUACCUUUGCUCCAGAGUCAUUGCAUUCUUUCCUGCCUUUCAGACCCUUAUAACAUGAAAUUAUGUUCCAGAGAUGCUUUCUGUGACUACCUGAAAUAACGUUCUGCGUAAAGAUGAAAAUACUUCCCUCGCCUCUCUUUCAUGUGGCUAAUGCCAUCCUCCGGACUCCUACUUCUGGUGAAACUGGCUGACCUUUUUGAGCCUCAUUUUUGUGCUAGGACUUUGUAAGGGGAGGGGUUCCUAACCUUCUUUUACAUCGUAGUGUAAUGAAGGGUGCGGGGUAGCCCCCUCCUUUGUGAGAAUCGCAAGAUCACUAUUGAGUCCGUUCAGGAGACCCAGGAAAUGAGAGAAAGACAUACAGAAUUCACAAAGAGUGGAAUGUGUCCUGGCCUCCGAGAGGCGGACCCAUUGAUGCCGGCUAUUGUCUCUUGGAGAGGGACUUGUGUAUUGCAUCCUGUGUGAUGCAUCGAAGCCCCCAGGCAAUGAACCAAGGGGGUUUGGUGGAGGGAUUGCAUCAUCUCAACCUAAUUGACAUCUGAGACCCUGUGAGUCAGGAUAAAAGAGGGUCUGGGGAACAGCCCCUCAGACGCACCAGAAGAAACGUUAAGCGACCACGGUGUAACAGCAGGAAGUCAUCUGAAGGCAGCCACGUGCGUUCGAUUCCGUGGCUGGAAUCACGGAAAACAGCUUUUAGCUGACAACAGGGAAGCCCGCUCCCCUGACUCAACGGAUUGGCAUCUUAAAAGACCUGGGGCAAGUUUAAACCGCAUCACUUUUAAACCCAACAACGCUGCAGCUUAAACGAACUGAUAGUGACUUAUCUUUCCAUCGGACAAUACAGUAACCCCUAGACAACGAUAGAGUUAUUUCUUAUCGGUUAUUAUUAUACCCGCACUUAGAUUUAGU